UGCCAUCGCUGAUCAGAUUGUUCGAAAAUUUCAACGAGUGUGGUUUGAUUUGUUGAAAGUGGUGUUCGCUUGUAGAAUAUUUUAUAUAUCUACCCCUGAUGGAAAUAAAAUCUAAUUAAAUACAGUAUAAACGCGGAAAAAUUAACAAAUAUUCCAUAUUAGUUAGAAGUCUUCCUGACCAACAUAGCCAAACAUGUUAGCACAUCCCUGCCGCCUAUCGGCCGCCAAACGGCUGGUGGCCCUUUUAUUUGCCACAAUAUUCGCCUGCAGUAGCAUUUUAAGUAUUGAAGCACAAUUCUCCGGUAAACUCAUACAAGAUCCAUGCGUGAACAAGGCAUCUUGUCAUGACUGUAUACAAACACAAAAUUGCGCUUGGUGCAUGCAACCAGAUUUUGUUGAUUUACCACGUUGUUUUAAAAAUAGUAUACCAAAUUAUUGCGCGGAAGAGUUCACCUGGAACCCACAUACAGAGCAGAAAUUCACUAUUAAUCGUGAGUUGACACGUGGUGGUAAUGCCAGUGCCGCAGCUGGUUAUGGUUACGGUUAUAGUGGCUCCUACGAGGGUUCAUCAUAUAGUAGUAGCUCUUCGUCUAGUUCGUCAUAUGCCGGUGCUUAUGGUAGUGCAGCCGCAGCUGGCGCUGCAGCUUCUAGCGGCGAAAUCGUGCAAAUUAGUCCACAACGUGUCAGCCUUAAGUUGCGCAUAAAUCAAUUGCACUCGCUAAACAUGCGCUACUCGCAAGCUGUAGAUUAUCCCGUCGACUUAUACUAUUUGAUGGACUUGUCCAAAUCUAUGGAGGACGAUAAGGAUAAACUGUCGGCUUUGGGCGAUAAGCUCUCAGAAACUAUGCGUAACAUUACAUCGAAUUUCCGUUUGGGCUUCGGUUCGUUCGUGGAUAAGGUGCUUAUGCCCUACGUUUCAACUAUACCCAAAAACUUGGAACAUCCAUGUACGAAUUGUACUGCACCAUAUGGCUAUCGUAAUGUUAUGGCUUUAAACAUGGAUACAUAUCGAUUUUCUUCCGAAGUGAGUCGUGCUGCUGUGUCGGGUAAUUUGGAUGCGCCAGAAGGUGGCUUCGAUGCUAUCAUGCAAGCGAUUGUUUGCCGUCAGCAAAUCGGUUGGCGCGAGAAAGCGCGUCGUUUGCUUGUCUUCUCAACGGAUGCUGGUUUCCAUUAUGCCGGUGAUGGCAAACUCGGCGGCGUGAUUGCACCCAACGAUGGUGAGUGUCAUUUAAGCGGCGAAGGUCUCUACACACACUCCGUCAUACAAGAUUACCCCAGCAUCUCACAAAUCAAUCACAAGGUCAAGCAGAAUUCAAUUAACGUCAUCUUCGCAGUCACCGCCAAUCAGCAUUCGGUCUACGAAAAGCUAUCGAAACACAUUGAAGGUUCGUCGAGCGCUGUGCUAUCGGAGGAUUCCUCGAACGUUGUCGAUUUGGUGCGCUCGGAGUAUAGCAAAAUUUCCUCUUCCAUUGAAAUGAAGGACAACGCCACAAGCAAUGUGAAAAUCACCUAUCACUCCGCCUGUCUGAAUGGUGGCUCUGAAAUACCCACCGCCAAGUGUGAUGGUCUCAAAGUUGGCGAUGUGGUGAAUUUCACUGCACAAAUUUUGGUCACCAACUGCCCGACGGAUCCACGUGAAUGGAAUCAAGUCAUACAAAUCUAUCCGGUGGGUAUUAAUGAGAGUUUGAUUAUUGAUUUGGAGAUGCUUUGCUCUUGUCCAUGCGAACGUCCUGGCUCCACCGGCUAUGAACUACACUCACCCAAGUGCAAGAAUCACGGCACACUAAUGUGUGGCAUCUGUGAGUGUGAUGACAUGCAUUUCGGUCACAAUUGUGAGUGUUCAACGAGUGAUGUGCACACUGGCAGCGACAAAGAUUUAGUCUGUCGUCCCGAUAAUACCACACAAGUGGAUUGUAACAACCGCGGCACAUGUCUAUGCGGCGUCUGCGAAUGUGAGAAACGUCAGAAUCCCGAGGAAAUCAUUUCUGGCAAAUUCUGUGAAUGCGAUAACUUCUCGUGUGAACGUCAUAAGAACUUGUUGUGCUCGGGACCGGAUCAUGGCACAUGCGAGUGCAAUCACUGUGUAUGCAAGCCGGGCUGGACGGGCCCCGCAUGCGAUUGUCGUGCCUCGACUGACACCUGCAUGCCACCAAAUGGCGGCGAAAUAUGUUCGGGACAUGGUGAAUGUGAAUGUGGCGUGUGCAAAUGCAAAUCUACGGAUGAAGGUCGUUAUUCCGGCAAAUACUGUGAGAAAUGCCCAACAUGUGCGGGACGUUGCCUUGAACUGCGCGACUGUGUGCAAUGUCAAAUGUACAAGACCGGUCCGUUGAAGGAUGAACAAGAAUGUGCCAGAAACUGCAGCGCCACUUUCGUGCCCAUCAGUGAGGAGAAGAUCGUUAUUGACGAGGAGAAGGACGAAUUGAUUUGCAUAUUCUACGACGAAGAUGACUGCAAAUUCACAUUCAAAUAUAGUGAUGUGAACGACAAACUCGAAGUGCAUGCACAGCAGGAGCGUGAAUGUCCACCAAAGGUGUUCAUGUUGGGCAUUGUUUUGGGCGUUAUAGCCGCCAUUGUCUUGGUCGGUUUAGCCAUAUUGCUUUUGUGGAAACUGCUGACGACCAUACACGAUCGGCGCGAGUUUGCACGUUUCGAGAAGGAGCGCAUGAACGCCAAGUGGGAUACGGGCGAGAAUCCAAUCUACAAGCAGGCCACAUCGACUUUCAAGAAUCCAAUGUACGCCGGCCAGUAAGCGCUACCACUAAAGCAGUGCCACUAGCGGCGCUGCCAAAUAUUAAAAUUUGCUUAGGCAAUGUUGCAUUGUUUGGGUUACGAAUUUCUCUCUAAUUGCCAUACAAUAAAGGAAGUUUAUAUCAGGAGCUGCGUAUUUCUAAGCGAAAAGUGAAAAAAAAAAAUUUUAAAUGAAAUAAAAUCAACUAAAUGUAUAUUGUGUACGAGCAACAGCUAAUUAGCAGCAUAGAACUGAAAUUUUUAUAAAAAAACAUAUAUUGCUUAAGCUUUUAUAGACAGUCGAAGACAGUUGAAAGAAUUUUUAGUUAGUAUAUAAAGCACUUAGUUGUUGUUGUGUGCUACCGUUUGCAUAAUGUGUAUAUGUUUCAACACUAUACUGCCAUUAAGAUAUACAUACAUACAAUAUUAUACAUUAUAUACACAUAUUGAGCAGAAAUGGAGCUAACUGAACGAGCAGUAAUGCACAUGUGCCUUGGAAAUGAUAUACAGUUUAGACAUAUACAACUAUUAGAAGACAAGGAAAACAUUUUGGAUUCUUUUGAAUUACAGUUGCAAACUUCAAACAACCUUACAAAUAUAUAAAAAUUCAUAUAAAGUUAGAAAUACACGAACUAGCUCUUCCUAACCUAAAAAAACAAAAAACAAAAAAAAUUAUGGAAUAUCACAUGUAUGCAUUGCCUAUUUGCGUAAAAAAGAUAUAUAGAUAUAUAGUUAUAGCGAAAAUCCAAAUUGUAACUGUUAACGAAGCACAAAACGAAUAUGAAAAUAAUUUAAAAAUUUUUUUGUAAACAAAUUUACACUACUACAAAUGUGCCUACUAAACAUAAACAUACAUAUUUCUACUAAAU